UCGUGGCGGUGUGUGUGGGGGUGAAACUGAAAGUGAAGUGCUCCGGUCGCGGAGAAGCGAGAUUGAGUCGCUGGCUCCUUCCCAUGAGCGCCUGAGCCACCCUGACCCGAGUAUGUCGGAUAGUUUCGACCGAACUCCAGGUGCUGGUCGGGGCUGGGGUCGAGGUGGCGCUGCUCUCAGCGGCGCGGACGCGUCGGAGAGCGGUGGUGGGGCCUGUCUUGGGGGUAGUGGUUCCCACAGUACAGUCUCGGCCGAAAAGCAGCAUAAAACGGGCGGCCUCUUGCUGCAGCAGGAACCGUUGCGACCUCCGAAGACAGCGCCGCUGAGCACCGGAAACGCAGAACACCUGCAACAAGCAAGAAUUCCAUCUGGAUCACAAGAAAAAGUUUCAGUUCUUGAUUCUGGACCAGAAAUGGCUGAAUCUCAGAUGGCUGUGGCUCCUGUGGUAACAUCAAAAUUGUCUGUUAAAGCACCUGAGUUUUAUCCAUCAGGAUAUAACCAGAACUUUGCAGAUUCUUCCUUUGAAGAUGAAUAUGAUGGCUAUCUGACUUUGGCAGAAUAUGUACAAGACUUUCUAAAUCACCUCGCUGAGCAACCAGGUUGUUUUGAAACUGAAAUAGAGCACUUUGCCGAAACAGUGAAUGGCUGGGUCACUGCGGAUGAAACUUUGCAAGAACUUGUUGAACUCAUAUAUCAACAGGCCACAUCUGUCCCAAAUUUUUCCUACAUGGGAGCACGAUUAUGUAACUAUCUAUCUCAUAAUCUAACCAUUAGUACACAAAGUGGGAGCUUUCGGCAGUUGUUACUUCAAAGGUGCCAAACAGAGUAUGAAAACAGAGAUGAAGCUGCCAAAGGAGAUGAGACUGCUCGAAAACAAUUUCAUUCCUUUGUGUUGUUCUUAGCUGAACUUUACCUUAACCUAGAGAUUAAAGGAACAAAGGGACAGGUCACACGAGCAGAAAUUCUUCAAGAAGGCCUUCGGGAAUUACUAAAUGUGCUCUUCUCUAACCCUGUGGAUAAUAAUUUGAUGUGUGCAGUGAAACUGCUCAAGUUGACAGGCUCAGUUUUAGAAGAUGCCUGGAAAGAAAAAGGAAAGAAUGAUAUGGAGGAAGUGAUUCAGAGAAUUGAAAAUGUUGUGUUGGAUGCAAACUGUAGCAGAGAUGUGAAACAUAUGCUUCUGAAAGUAGUGGAACUACGAUCAAGUAACUGGGGUAGAGUUCAUGAAACUUCUCCACAUACAAAAGCUACUCCUGAAAAUGACCCUAACUAUUUUAUGAAUGAACCAACAUUUUACACUUCUGAUGGCGUUCCUUUCACUGCAGCAGAUCCGGAUUACCAAGAAAAAUACCAAGAACUGCUUGAAAGAGAGGAUUUGUUUCCAGAUUAUGAAGAAAAUGGUGUGGCUUUAUCAGGACCUGGAGAUCAGUAUUUUAAUGAUCUUGAUAACAAGAUGGAUCCAGAAAUUGAAGAAGCAUAUGAAAAAUUCUGUCUAGAAUCAGAACAUAAGAGAAAACAGUGAGAUGUUACACAGUAACGUUAGUUUAUUAAACCAGUUUAGGUCUGGUUAGAGUACAGGGAGGCAAAAAACAUUUGUAACAAAAUAAGGAAGUUCACUUUCUCCAAGUACUCAAGUUACUCAAUUUCCAUUUUGUUAAACAGAAUCUUCCAAAAGUUGUAAACUUAUGCUCUGUAACUUAGUGUUGUGUAUAUAUCACAAUUUAUUUUAUGGACAGGUAUAUGAACAAUGUUUGGCUGCAAUAAAAUUGAUUUUAAAAGUA